AUGGAAAACAAUACCAUUACUAAAAUAUACGAAAAUACUAUAGAUGUGAAAAGUAAUGUUGAAUCUGAUCUUGAACGAAAUUCAAACAUCGAUUAUUGUACUCCUGGCAGUAGUGGAACUGAUAGUAGUCUUGAGCAAAUUAUAAAUAAAUCGGCUACCAUUUCUUCAAAUUUUGAAAAAAUCCAUAAAAUUUCAAAUAGCAAUAAGAUACAGAAGGUGAAAGUAAAUGGAAUGAAUAGCGUGGAAUUUAAAGAACUGCAAACAUCAAUGAAGUAUAAUGGUAUCCAUGCAAAUCUGUCUGUCAAUCUGUCACACCUUCAGUACCAAAAGGCAACUGUAAUACAGAAUUAUGCAAUACCAAUUCUUAUAAGUGGAAGGGAUAUAAUAGCCAGAACACCAACCAGUUCAGGGAAAACUAUAGCUUUUGUUAUACCAAUACUCAACUGUAUACUCAGAUAUUUAUCUGAAAUAAAUGACAUCGGUCAUCGUUCCGAGUGUUCCGGCCCACUUGCAAUAAUCGUUGUACCCACGAUACAACGUGUCAAAAAUGUUUAUAAUGUUGACGGUGCUCAUAUUCUUAUUUCCGAUCCAGAAUGUUUAGCUGGUAUCGUAACCCGAGGUUGGAUAACUUUUGCUGAAUUACGAAUAAUUGUACUCGACGAUGCAGAUUCGCUGUUAAAAUUCGGUUAUAAACCUGAAAUUGAAUUUAUUUUAAACAAUAAAAGUAUGGUGUCGACGACGGACAAAAGAACAACAGUUUUGUUUUCUACCACUAUGUACAAGGAUGUUCAACAAAUUGCAAUGACUUAUUUGAAAUCAAAUUAUGUAUCAAUAGAUGUUGAAAAGAUGGUAGAACUCGAAGAAGCAUAUACCACGCAAGAGACAAAUUAUUGA